CGGGUCUGUCUCCUCCUCCAUACAGACAAGAGGAAGGAGCGGUGAGACAUCUGUAUUAUAAAUACUGGCGUUGAGACAGCAGUGUGUACACAGGACAUUCGCUCAGAUCUUAGGAACACAACCUGACUCAGCCUUCACAACCACAGACAUAAUGGCAGAUGAAAGCUUUCAGAAGGAGUUCCUAGAGACUCACAAUGCCUACAGGGCGAUGCAUGGUGCGCUGCCACUGACGCUCAGUAGCGACAUGAAUGAUUCAUCUCAGAAAUGGGCCGAUCACUUGGUGGAGCUCGGUGCCUUAAAACACAGCGAUACAAAACAUGGAGAGAACAUCUACUACAUGAUGGGCUCUGAGACCGUGACAGGGAAAGGAGCUGUGGAUGCGUGGUACAGUGAGAUCAAAGACUACAACUGGAGCAGUCCUGGGUUCGGCAUGAACACUGGGCAUUUUACUCAGGUGGUUUGGAAAGACACCACUAAACUGGGCGUCGGUGUAGCCUCUAGUGGUGGCAAUGUCUAUGUGGUCGCCCAAUAUUCUCCACCUGGCAACAUGAACAUGUCGGGCUACUUCGAGAAAAAUGUCCUUGAGAAAGAUGCCUGAUCGGAGCAAAAGACGUGACCUGCUGGAUUUCAAUCAUCAGCGCAGAUCAUCUUCCACUGAGUCUGCCAUUUUUCCACAGAAGACCAGAAGUAACCUACCAAACACAGGCUCCAGGUCCAUAAAGGCUCAUGGAAAGUCUUAAACACAAUUGUUUUCAUUGUAUUCAAAAUUUGGUCUUUGUUUGUUUUUAUUUUGAACAUCGUCGAUAACUCAGGAUGUGUGAAACUGUUUUGGACAAUAAACAUUCAAUGAAUUGCACAA